AUGCAAGAAAACAAAAAUUAAGAGAGAAGAAAAUGGAACUGUGAAGAAGAUGAAAACCAAGUCAGCACAUCACAAGAAAGCAAAGACUUCUGAAUGAGAGAGUUAUAUAAGCAACACCGUUAAAGGAUGGUGUGACACAUAGACAGACAGACAGCCAGAGGGACCAGUGCUCACUAGUCAGAGGCAGACCAUGGCUCCCAUGCCUCUCCUUUUCCUGGGCUUCAUCCUCUCCUUCCUCCAUCCUUCAGAUUCCCAGACCCUCAUUGGCUCCUCCUCCUCAUUCUCUCCUCUGGACCUGCUCUCUCCACCUCAACCAACCAAGCAGACUACUAGAUUCUGGCCUUCUCUGCCUCCCAGAGGGCGUAGUGAUGUGCCAAUAAGGGCUACAGUCCGGGAUAAACUGACAACUACGAAUGCAGUGCAACAGGGGCGAGAAAUGUCCACUCCUAUUAUAUCUGCCCUUUCUACGCAGAAUCUCAGCAGCGGGCCAGUUUUAACUCAACCAACAGCCUCCAGGCCCAGGACUGACACAGCUAGUUUAGCAUCCAGCAGGACUGUAAAGGGAGAUGCUAUUACAAAAACUCCACCUCUGCCCACUUUGCCCUCUGGUGCUGUUGCUGAGUCUGCGGGUGAUAAACCAGUGACGGCAGGGAAUCCAGAGGAGAAAGAGACAGAGGAUGAUGAUUUGCAUGGGUUGGGAUCAGGUAGUAUUCCAACAGUGAUGCCUGUGAAGGAAGAAUCACCUGUUCCUCAGUCAACAGUUGGUGAUGAAAUGGCGCAGUAUCAGCCACAGGCACAGACGGCGAUAUCUAAAGUUUCUGAAAAUACACUACUGGUAAAAACACCACCACCGGACGGUCAGACUGCGAAGCCUCACCUGUUUGUGCUUACAACAGCUGGUAAAAUCUCUAUGACCCCACAAACUGAGACGAGAGCCACACCGUCCCCCAUGGUAACACAGGCGACACCUCGGACUGUAGUAUUAACAGGUGAACUGACAGAGAACACUCCUUCCACCGUCAGAGACACUCCAAAGCAGGACUCUGCUGCUGUGACAUUACCACAACCCACGACUACCACCACUGGCUCUAACUAUAAACAGUCACAGACUGCAGAAGAACCAUUAAACACCAAGACACAGCAAGUGACAACCACAUCUCCAACUAGUGUGCUUACUACUACACAGGAGGCUGUUAGAACCUCCUCCAAAACAACAAAUCAACCCAAUGGAACAGCACAACUAGGAAGAAAUACAGCUAGCACAACUGUACAGUCAUCAAGGCCAGGGACCUCUUCCUUACUUGCCACAGGUAUCGUACCUGUUACCCGAACAAGGUUAAGCCCCACAUAUCAGGCUGGUAUUGGUCAGAGGAACCGCUCCAUUCUCCUAGAACAUCCUCACCAAGCUCCCCACUCUACUUCUAAUCCAGCCCCCUCUCCCAGCGACAGCCCCUCCUCUAAUGGCACACAUCUCUACUGGGGUGACCUAAGCCAGACGCUGGCUUUCGCCUGGGAGCUGCAUGUAUACGGCUCAGCGAGCCUCUUCCUCGUCCUGUUUGCUGGAGCUGCUCUUGGCCUCACCCUGUCCCCUGGAGCAAACUGUCCUCAUCGCGGGGCUCUUGCACUCGCCAAUGCUCUAUUGUUUCUAGCCGGAGGCCUUAGGGCAGCUCUCUUUCUAAUAGACCCCUAUGGCACACGAAAAUUCCUCCCUCGCCCUGCAGUCAUGGUCCUCUACAACUUGCCUCUACACCUGCUGGUGUGGACACAGGCUGCCCUAGCACUGCUGGCAUUGAGGGUGGCAGGAGUAAGUGUGUUACCUUCCACUUUGGAGCGUCCUCCUCUGGUGGCUGUAUUGGCUGUGUUGCAGUGUACCCUGCUGCUGGCGGCUGAUCUGCUUUUCCCAGCCCUGUCCCCUGUGGUGCCCGUCACCCUACAGGUCCUGUCCUUAUGCUGGGGCCUGGCACUCUGUCUGGGCUUCCUCUGCUAUGUGUUUCCACGUAUACGCAGCCCCUCCAUUCCCCACCCCGGAGUCCCUGAAGAGGCCAGGAGGAAGGCUUGGACAGGGAGCAGGAGGACAGGGGUGAUCCUGGGGAGAGUGUUGGCAGUCUGUGCAGUUCUAGGCUCACUGUGCUGUGGGCUACAUGUUCAUGCCACCUUAUGGCUCUAUGGACUGUUAGGGAACUGGAUGCGCUUCAACUGGGGAUGGUGGCUGGUGCACUUCUGGGCCCGGCUCUUGGAGCUGGCCUGGGGGUUCUCCCUCCUGCUCCUGGGUUCCUGGGUGUUCUGGAGGCCUCAAGGUUGCAGUGGAAGGGAGGAGGGUGGACCAGAUGGCAGAGCAGCAGGAGACCUGCCGUCCCCUGGCCAAUCUACGGGCUCCUCUCAAAGACAUACCUGCUGGUCCAAGAUAGUCCAGAGCCUGAGGGGGAAGCCCUGUAGAAAGUCUGACAGUAAUGGGGUGGGAGGAGGAGGAGGACCAGGGGAAUUGCCUAACAACUGGGCUGGCCAGGAGCGUCCUGGAGCUGACAUCAGCAAGAGUCUGAUCAGGAACCAGAACCACGAGCAGGCCACCGCCCAGCCACGUUGCGUCAAAGACAGCAACCGGGGACGCAACCAUAGAGGCCACUCUGCAGAACGAGGCGUAUCUGACGGCUCCACAGGCUCCCUGCUGAGACUGCAAGCGCUGGGCCGACCUCCACAGCGCUCAGUGAGUGGCAGUCUGGAUCAGGAUAGGGACACUUCACUGUCUCUUUAUGAAUUCGAUCUGCGGCCCCCAUCUCCCAUUGACCUGACCCGCAGCAUUGACGAGGCCCUGCACAGGGAACACCUGCUCGGAGGAGGAAGUUUGUUUCAUCCUUUUAACCAAACUUCGCAGUCCCCGUCCCCAGGAUCAGGGGUCAGCCAGGGGCCCUGGCUCCGCAGAAACAGUGAUCCUCAGAUGCUUUCUGAGAGCAGUGAUGCACCGACAGAGUCUUCCAUGCCGCUGGGGGGCAGUGUUCUCAGCAGUGUGCCCAGCAGGCAGGUGACUGCUCCCCCCACGCCCUCUCACCAGGGUCACAGGUGGGCCGGGGACGUGGUAGGAAGCGUCCCCUCAUCAGUGUCCUGCCCUGUGUCAUUUCGUCCCUCCAGAACAUCAACGGGGCAUCUAGGGGAGGAUGGAGUGGGACUUGAACUUUAA